AUGAUUUUCUAAUUGAAUUCUCUGCCGCAGGAAGACCAGAUGAAGUCGCAUGAGGCCAAGCUGAAGCAGAUAUCCACUGAACUCACUGAGCACCGCUCCUACCCACCCGACAAGAAGGUCAAAGCCAAGGAAAUUGAUGAGUACAGACUGAAGGAACACUACCUGGAAUUUGAGAAAACUCGGUACGAGACCUAUGUUCAGCUCCUGAAGGAUGGGGGGCCCGAGAUACUGAACAGCAUGGAGAAUGAUGCCGCUGGGAUGAAGAAGUCACACUCCAGCCCAUCACUCAACCAAGAGAUGCAACCCGUAAAUGCAAAAGUCAAGCGCAAUGUCUCGGAAAGAAAAGACCACAGGCCCGAUACAGCCAACAACAAGCAGAAGUCUUAACUCCACAGCAGGAAGACAUCUCCCAACCCCAGUCACCCAAACGUAACCAAGUGACGCAAUCUGUGACUUGUAUAUUUUUGUGCAAAAUAUUAUUUAGAUGUCAACUUUUUGGUAACAGAAAUUGUGAGUAUGUGACUGAUACGCUUGUCCUUCCUUUGCAGACACUCCAAUAGUUUUUAAUAUAUAUUUUUUGGUUGUUUGUAGGUUGACUUUUUUUUUUAAAUAUUGCCUUAAAGAGACACACUCCUAUGUGUUGGCCUGCUAUUUUAGAAACUGUUAAAGGUCUUUCAGUCCAAGGUUUACACUAGGUGGCUAUCAAUGAUUGCCAGCCUGCAAACAGGUAUGUGUCAUCUCCAAGCCAGGGAGAUGGCACAGGCUGCAUUUCAGUGACGUGCGCAUAUGAAGUUGGGAGCAAGGUGGCUGCUGUCAUUUGCAGUUCUUUAUUUUGUCAUUUCUAAUGGCUUAAAUUAUUUUAAGUUGUCAAACACUCACAAAAGAAAGUGGAGUGGAGUGAAGUGAAGAUUUCUCUGGAUGUUUUUUUAUUUUGUAAAGAAACUUGGCUUUGUUCAGUGUAGCUUUCCUGAAAUCGGCGAGAAGCAUUUCUUUUGUGUGCUGUUGGCUGGGUCCUCGAUUACUUCUCCUCUAUGCAAGUGGAGGAUGUAAACCCCUGAACUUUCCUACUCGCUCUGCAUUUACCCUGCCUCCGUCCACCUCCAGCCGCCACCAUCAAUAGAUCGCUCGGGGCCCACUGCCUUGAAGUGAUUCCUGGGAAGCGGCCGUAUCUGUAUCCGCAAGCAGUUGGUGCUGCGAGGAGAGCAGCAGAAUCUCCCUGUCGUUAACGCGUCAGCCACUUAGCGAUAGUGUUACUUCAGCAUUUAGUGACACCACGUGCCAGUGGCCCAGUCUCUCUGCACAGCCACCCCACGUAAAACAGCUGCUACUGAGCCAUGAGGCUGUCGUCUUUCCAGUGUUAGGAAAACAAAAUAGUUUGAAACACUUUCUGUUUUGACAGGAUCACGUGGCUCCAAUUCUACGCUUACUACGAAUGCCAAACAAACUUGUUACCUGUAUAUGAUGUUUCCUUGACAAGAAUAUAACAAAUAUAUCAAAGGUACUAUCUGAACCCUAUUGAUUGUAUCUUUAAAAACUAGUAUUUAUAGUGCACUUUAAACAGGACACGUAGCUUGAUCACUUGUUUUUAUUGUUUUUUUUAAAGAAUAUGCGUUUGUCUUCCAUUUUGUUGUUUAGUUCCAGGCACUUACACGCAGGCAAGUUCUGGGAUCAGUCAGACAAGUUAAUAGAGGCAGUGUUGUUGAAGAAUUGAUCAGACAGAGCGUUUGAUUGAAGCAGGAAAUUGCAUUUUGCCCUGACAGCCAAAGCUGUAAUUGAAUUCCCAUAGUAAUGAGGCAGUAGUUUAACCAUCGCCAUGCCAAUGAAGUAGGGGUCUCGCACCUGAAGGAAGAGCACAGCACUGUGCCUAAUUGGGGACUCCAUUUUUAUCCCAUCGAAUGUGGAGAGCUCGUUUCUUUUCCAUAAAGAAAUGACAUCACGCUCGCUUGGCAGAAUGUCACUCAUACCUUCUGCGUCUGCAGAUAAUAAACGGCUGGAAUGGAAUUUAUAGUGAAAAGUGGUAUCUGCUAAGUCAUGCAUUUUCAGAGGCAAAUUGGUGUCUCUGCUCAGUGACAUUUGGUAUUUCUCUGUGCUGUUAUGAUAUUUAUUGAUGUUCCUUGUUGCAUCUCCACUCAGUUCUAUAGUCCAGUGGAUUUUUUUUAAUGUUUUCUGUAUAUAAUAGAUUUACUGUACAACAGCAUGCAGGAAGCUUACUUUCUGCUGCAAAUGUUCCUUGUUUUUGCAUGCUGUCCUCUUGGAGAGACAAGAGUUCACAUCAAUAAAUUCUAUUAGA